GUUGACUCGGCAAACCCCACGAUGCCGCUUGUCGACAACCCGCAGAUCAAGCAGGCGAGCUUGCACACGCCGCUGCCGCUGCAGCUGCACGCAUACAUCUGGCCCUUUCUGAUUGUCUGGCCCGCCUUCCUCUCCGUCUACCUCUCGCCCCAACGCUACGAGCAGCACAUCCAGUCCUCGGAAUGGACCUUCGUCUGGGUCGGCAGCAUCACGACCGUCCAGGCGCUGAUCUGGCUCUCCACCCACUGGAACGUUAACCUCAAGAGCGCCUUCACCACGACCAAGGCCAGCGACGUCCGCACCGCCCAGCUCAUCAAAGUCCUCCCCAUCGCAAACGCCGGCGCCGCCGAAAUCUGCCCGCUCAAGCGCGAGACGGUGGGCGGCAAGCCGACCGUGUCCUUCCUGUUCCAGAAGCGCCGCUUCCUCUACGACGCCGACAAGGGCUCCUUUGCCCCGCUCUCCUACCCCCUCGACGUCGAGCCGAAGCCCCAGAUCAAGACGUUCCAGGACACAAAGGGCCUGACGUCCGCCGACGAGGUCGAGAAGCUGCAGCACUACUACGGCGACAACAGCUUCGACAUCCCCGUGCCCACCUUCACCGAGCUCUUCAAGGACCAUGCCGUCGCGCCCUUCUUCGUCUUCCAGGUCUUCUGCGUGGGGCUGUGGAUGCUCGACGACUACUGGUACUACUCGCUGUUCACCCUGUUCAUGCUGGUCGCCUUCGAGUGCACCGUCGUGUGGCAGAGGCAGAGGACCCUGAACGAGUUCCGCGGCAUGAGCAUCAAGCCGUACGACUUGCUAGUAUACAGGCAGAAGAAGUGGCAGGAGAUCCAGAGCGACAAGUUGCUGCCCGGCGACGUCGUCAGCGUCGGAAGGACCAAGGAAGACUCGGGCGUCGCCUGCGACAUGAUCCUCCUCGAGGGUUCCGCCAUUGUCAACGAGGCUAUGCUUUCCGGCGAGAGCACUCCGGUGCUCAAGGAGUCCAUCCAGCUGCGUCCCGGCGAAGCCAACAUUGAGCAGGAGGGCCUCGACAAGAACGCCUUCCUGUACGGCGGUACCAAGGUUCUCCAGGUUUCGCACGGCAACAACGCGGAAGAGGACGGCAGCGCUGUUUCGAGGCUCUCGUCUGGACUACCGCCACCACCGGACAAGGGCGCCGUUGCAGUUGUCGUCAAGACUGGAUUUGAGACCAGCCAGGGAAGCUUGGUCAGGACCAUGAUCUACUCGACUGAGCGUGUCUCCGCGAACAACGUUGAAGCAUUGCUCUUCAUUCUCUUCCUGUGCAUCUUUGCUAUCGCCGCUUCACGCUAUGUCUGGGUGGAGGGUGUGAAGCAGGACCGCAAGCGUUCCAAGCUCAUGCUCGACUGUGUGUUGAUUAUCACGAGUGUCGUACCCCCGGAACUGCCCAUGGAACUUUCGCUGGCUGUGAACACCAGCUUGGCUGCGCUGAGCAAAUACGCCAUCUUCUGUACCGAACCUUUCCGCAUUCCUUUUGCCGGGCGAGUGGACGUUGCCUGCUUUGACAAGACUGGUACUUUGACUGGCGAGGACCUCGUCGUAGACGGCAUCGCCGGCCUCACCCUCGGCACCAACGGCGGCAAGAUUGGCCCGGAUGGCGCUCACACCAACGUCAGCGCCGUCUCUGAAAUCGGCACCGAAAGCACUCUGGUCCUCGCUACCGCACACGCCCUGGUCAAGUUGGAUGAAGGUGAAAUUGUUGGCGAGCCGAUGGAGAAAGCUACUCUGACCUCUCUGGGCUGGAACCUCAGCGGCAAAGACACCCUGACACCCAAGACCGUCUCCGCCAAGUCGCAUGCUGAACUCGUACAAAUCCGCCGACGCUUCCAGUUCUCCUCCGCACUUAAGCGCCAAAGUUCCGUUGCCACUGUUCUUGUCAACGACAGUAAGACCAAGCGCAAGAUCAAGAGCACCUUUGUUGGUGUUAAGGGAGCGCCCGAAACGAUCCGUAAGAUGCUGGUCAAUGUCCCGCCACAUUACGAAGAGACCUUUAAGCACUUCACCAGGAACGGUGGCCGCGUACUUGCGCUUGCCUACAAAUUCUUGGCCCAGGACGCUGAGUGGGGCAUGAACCGUAUCAAUGAUCUCAAGCGUGAGCAGGUGGAGUGCGAUCUGCACUUUGCCGGUUUCUUGGUUCUCCAGUGCCCGCUCAAAGACGACGCUGUUCAGGCCGUGCGCAUGUUGAACGAAUCCAGCCACCGUGUGGUCAUGAUCACGGGUGACAACCCAUUGACCGCUGUCCACGUCGCCCGUCAAGUUGAGAUUGUGGACCGCGAGUGUCUGAUUCUUGAUGCACCCGAAAACGAUGACUCUGGUGAGAAGCUUGUCUGGCGUAGCGUUGACGACAAAGUCAAUAUCCCCGUGGACCCGACCAAGCCUCUUGACCCGGAGAUUAUCAAGAGCAAGGACAUUUGCGUUACUGGAUACGCCCUCAGCAAGUUCUCCGGCCAACAGGCCUGGCUGCAGCUUCUUCGGUACACCUGGGUUUAUGCUCGUGUUUCCCCGAAGCAGAAGGAAGAGAUUCUCCUUGGCUUGAAGGACUGCGGCUACACCACGCUCAUGUGCGGUGACGGAACGAACGAUGUUGGCGCUCUUAAACAAGCUCAUAUCGGUGUCGCCCUCCUUAAUGGUACUCGCGAGGAUCUAGAGAAGAUCGGUGAACACUUCCGAAACACCAAGAUGAAGGAAGUCUACCAGAAGCAGGUCGAAUUGAUGAAACGAUUCAACCAGCCCGCCCCGCCUGUCCCAAUCAUGAUCGCCCACCUGUACCCUCCCGGCCCUGGAAACCCGCAUUACGAGAAAGCCAUGGAGGCACAGGCCAAGAAGAAGGGUUUUGCACUCCCUGCUCCCACAGACGCUACAAACGGUGCGGCGACCAAUGGCGCUGUCGAGAAAAAGACACCUUCCGCGCAGCAGGGCGCUGCAGCCAUGAUGAGCUCAUUCACAGACAAAAUGAUGGAAUCAGAGCUUGCCGAACUUGACAGCGAGCCGCCAACCAUCAAGCUCGGUGAUGCUUCGGUAGCUGCGCCGUUCACAUCCAAACUCGCCAAUGUCGUUGCGAUUCCUAACAUUAUCCGCCAAGGACGAUGCACGCUUGUGGCCACUAUCCAGAUGUACAAGAUUCUUGCGCUAAACUGCUUGAUCUCGGCGUACAGUCUGUCUGUCCUCUACCUCGACGGCAUCAAGUUCGGUGAUGGCCAGGUUACCAUCUCCGGUAUGAUGAUGAGCGUGUGCUUCCUGUCCAUCUCCCGCGCGAAGCCCGUCGAAGCCCUCAGCAAAGAGCGUCCCCAGCACAACAUCUUCAACAUCUAUAUCGUCGGUUCCGUCCUCGGCCAAUUCGCAAUCCAUAUCGCUACCCUCAUCUACGUCUCGCAAUACGUCCAGCGCACCGAGCCCAAGACGCCCAACCCUGAUCUCGAAAAGGAAUUCGAGCCCUCCCUCCUCAAUUCUGCAAUCUACCUCCUCCAACUCAUUCAGCAGAUUUCCACCUUCGCAAUCAACUACCAGGGCCGCCCGUUCCGCGAGUCCAUCCGCGAGAACCGCGGCAUGUACUGGGGACUUGUCGGCGUCGCGUGUGUUGCUUUCUCCUGCGCGACGGAGUUUGUGCCUGAGAUCAACGAGAAGUUGCGCCUGGUGCCAUUUACGUAUGACUUCAAGGUUAUGAUUACGAGUGUCAUGAUUAUUGACUACGCGGGCUGCUGGAUUAUUGAGAAGGGACUGAAGACGCUGUUUAGCGAUUACAAGCCCAAGGAUAUUGCAAUUAGGCGGCCGGAUCAGCUGAAGAGGGAGGAGGAGAGGAAGCGCGUGGAGGAGAUGGAGGCGCAGCAGAAGAAGAACGCUGAGCUCGAGGAGAUGGCGAAGAAGGCUGGACUGGUGAAAUAGGGUGAUGGAGAGGGGUGUUCAUAGUGGGAUGGUCGGACUCUGGUCUGAUUCGUAGGUGAGCUGAGCUAUAGAGGCGAAGCGGGAGGGGUUCAAUACAUCGAUCGCUAAUAGACAUUUCUUGUUUUGCGGACGGUGUGUGCAAAGAGUGGUGGUAAUGAGUUCCAGUGCUGAUAGACGCCCCUUUUGGAUGUGUCGCGUGUGGCUGGUCCUGAUGAUGAUGAUGAUUAUGCUCGGCAUCAGUGACGUCUCAACCUGCUUCGCUCAGGUUCGUGUAUAUAAACCCACAUCUGAGUGCGAUGCUUUGGUCUUCACGCUUCUGUUUUCCCGGGGGUGGGGAUCAAAACACGUUCGGCGG